CAUAUUUGCGUUUCAGAUGUUCAUUUCGAAUGCAUUAUUUAGAAGUUAGUGGGAUUUUCAUUAUUAAUGUUAAGAGUCAUAUUUAUAAUGUUGAUAUUGCUAAGAGUAAAUAUAUGAAAACCGAAUUACACUAUUCAAUAGGAGCCUAUAAUGAAUUUGUGUACUAUGAAUACUCUGCCCUUUAACAACUUAGAUGAACAUCUUGCACGAUUUGCUGCUUCAAAGAAGAAUCUUUCUUCAAAUACUAAUCUAGGAAAUGGAAAGCGGUUUACAUUUCGGAAGUCCUUGAGUCUUCAAAAAAACUCUAGUGUCACUUGUGCAGACAAAGAACUGCAAUCAACAGAAAAUAAAACUGUCCUGAACAAUUUGAGCAUAUGUAAAUCUGUAAAAGCUAACUCACCAAAUUUCAUUGCCAAACAAGUACCUUCAAAGCAAGGGACUAUUACAAAUUUUUUUCCAAAUAACUUUCAAAAUGUGAAGAAACCCAUUGUGCAUAAAAGUAAUACUGAUAGUUUAAAUAACUCAUUGCUCUUGAAAGAUGAUGGUAUAUUCUCUGAUGACCUGAGUGAUUUUGAAAUACCUAGCUCUAGAUUUGGGUUAAAUAAAAACUUUAAGAAGGUUGAAACAACGAAACCAGAAUGUCCCAUUGAUGAUGCUUUUUUUGAAGAAAAUUUUUUGUCUUCUGAAACAUAUAAUGAUGAUAAAAGUUCUUCAAAAGCAGGAUUACAUAGAAACACGAAACCAGUAUGUAUUACUAGUGAUGCUUUUUUUGAUGAAAAAAAAGUUUUAUUCUCUGAAAGAUGUGAUGACAAAAUUUUCUCAAAAGCUGGAUUGUCACACAUUGCCUUGAUAACUACUUUGCAGAAAGAACCUAAUGCCUUUUUUUUAAAAAAGAAAUUUUCUUGUUAUGGACCUGAUUUUCAAGAGAAGUCUUUAGAAUUACCAUCACCCGAUGAUGUUGAAACUAACAAUCUCUUAAAUGAUGAUUUUUCUGAUGAAGAAAUAGUGAGGGGCACUGCCAAGUGCAAAAGUAGAAUUUUAAGUGAUGAUGAAAGUGAUAUUUCAGAAUCUAUUAUUGAAGAUAAAGUUAAUUUAUCCACUUCUAAUGGAGAAAAAGUUUCUAAGGCGUCCAGUGAAGAAAUUUCAGUUAACACACAAACUCUGUCUGAUGUUGAAAAACGUGAAUGCCAAGAUCUUCUGAGAGAAAAUAAGGAUUUAGACUUUGAAACUGCACAUUCUGUUCUCUCAUCUUUGAAGGAAAUGAAUAUUAAAAUUAUGACAAAGAUAUGUGAUUUAAUUCAGAAUCAGGAUGAGAUUUUAAUGCAGAACAAGGACCUUAGAUGUUUGGUGAAUAUCAGGAAGAAAAUCCUGAUUCAAUCAUCUAUUGCUGAAAAUGUAUCAUCAUGUCUUUCCAAUAAUUCCAAGAAAAAUCCAUCCGGUGCUCUUUCAUGUAAUAGCAUUUCAAUGGAAAGCAAACCAUUGAAUGAUAUGGGUCAGAAUUUUCAAAAAAUUAAAUCAUCUCCAUUAUUUCAAGAGACAAACCAGGAUUUGCAUUUGACCUUUAAGCCUUUAUCAUUAUUAAGAAAGCAUUCUGUUCUAGAACAUUCUUCAAAAAAUAUGAUUUCUCUUCCUGCUAAUGAAAGUAAUUCAGAUGCUGUAAACAACUUGAAGGAUUUUACUGUACUGAUAGAUAAUCUGGAAACCCAAGACCUUAAUUUUGAUCAUACUGUGUAUCAAAUCUGUGAUGAUGAACCAGAAGGUGUUUUUGACAACUCAUUAAGACUGUUAGCUGUCAAACAAACACUUCUGCAUGAAGUCAAUACUAACAGAAUAGAAUCAAACAGAAAAUCUAAACUCUCAAAUGAAGAUAAACACAUUAUAGCUGGCAAAUUUUAUGGAAAUCAACGAGAUGAUGGUGCUUCUGCAGAAUUUAAGGGAUUCAAUUUUCCUUUUUCUAAAGAUGUCUUAUAUGUGUUUCAUAACAUUUUUGGAUUAAAAACAUUUCGCCAUAAUCAGCUAGAAUCAAUAAAUGCUGCACUUUUAAAAGAAGACUGCUUUGUUCUCAUGCCAACAGGUGGAGGUAAAAGUUUAUGUUAUCAGCUUCCUGCUUUAGUUACCAGUGGAGUGACUAUAGUUGUUUCACCUCUUCGAUCUUUGAUAAUGGAUCAAGUGCAAAAAUUGUGUUCACUAGAUAUAUCUGCAAGCAGUUUAACUGGUGAUGCUGAUGCUGGCUCUGCGAACUCUGUUUACUGUCAGUUAUCAUCAAGGGAGCCUAGUAUUAAAUUAUUAUAUGUAACACCGGAAAAGAUCAGUGCCAGUGCAAAAUUAGUAUCCUGCUUGCAAAAUCUUUACAAUCGAGAAAUGAUUCAGCGUUUUGUCAUAGAUGAAGCUCACUGUGUCAGCCAGUGGGGACACGAUUUUAGACCAGAUUACAAGAAAUUAAAAAUGUUACGAGAAAAAUUUCCAAAUGUGCCCAUGAUGGCUCUUACAGCAACUGCAACUCAGAGAGUUCGAUUUGAUAUUUUGCAUCAGCUGGGCAUGAAGUCACCUAAAUGGUUCCUUCAAAGCUUUAAUCGUCCAAAUUUAAAAUAUGAAGUUAGAUUGAAAACCAAAAAUGUAACUUCAGACAUCAUAGAUCUCAUCAAAACAAAGUUUAAGAACAUGUGUGGAAUAGUGUAUUGUCUUUCAAGAAAUGAUUGUGACACAGUCGCUAAUGAAUUGAACCAUAGUGGAAUCAAUGCAACAUCUUAUCAUGCUGGCCUCAAUAAUCGAGAUGAAGUGCAGGAACUCUGGAUAAAUGACAGAUUUAAAGUCAUCUGCGCUACAAUAGCUUUUGGUAUGGGAAUUGACAAACCUGAUGUAAGAUUUGUGAUUCAUCAUGCAAUUCCAAAGUCUAUAGAAGGAUAUUAUCAGGAAUCUGGAAGAGCUGGUAGAGAUGGGGAAACCUCAUGGUGCAUUUUGUAUUAUUGUUAUAAAGAUAUGCAUCGAAUAAAAAGAAUGAUAUUGAAAGAUGAUGCUAACAGACAUUCAAGAAGUACACAUUUUGAUAAUCUCUUUCGAAUGGUUCACUAUUGUGAAAAUAAAACUGAUUGUCGAAGAGUAUGGAUGCUUGGCUACUUUGGAGAAAUCUUUGAUAAGCAACUCUGUUUGAAUAAUCCAGCAACAGCUUGUGACAAUUGCUAUUCAAAGGAAGUUUAUAUACAGCAUGAUGUGACAGAAGAAGCAAAAGCCAUUGUUAAAUGCAUUUCAAAAUUAGUUGAUAAACGCAAGCGGCAGAAUUAUACUUUGCCUUAUAUUAUUGAUAUUUUUAAAGGUGCAAAAACUCAAAAAAUAUUGGCAGCAAAUCAUGAUUCUUUAGAAUUGCAUGGUCUGGGUCAGCAUAUGCAUCGAUCUGAUGCAGAGCGACUCUUGAGGAAACUUGUGCUAGAUCAGAUAUUAUAUGAAGAUUUAGUCAUAAAUAAAAUGGAUUUGCCUGUAAAUUAUGUUUAUUUAGGAAAGAGAGCUAAAGAUCUAAUUGCCGGAAAAAUUAAGGUCUUCAAAAACCAAAAAUCUGUGCCACUCAGAGGGUUAAACAAGACCCCAAUUUUUAACAAUUCGGCAAGGUUGGCUGGACAAUCAGAAAUGUGUGCAGUUGUCAAUUCUGUCUCUGAACAGUUAUCACAGAGACUUAUCAUAGAAAGAAAUGCCAUAGCCCAAAGGGUUGGACUUCUGCUUGUUGGACCAUGGAAGGUGCUCAUGGCAUUCCAAAAAGGAACUAAAACCAAAAAUUCUCUUACUACUGGAAUUGUAACAGAGGACAAAGAAACGCAGGAGUUGAUAGAAAAAUGUUACAAUGAACUUAUUGAAGUUAGCAAAGCUAUAGCAGCUGAACGCAACAUGCAUUACACUAACAUAAUAAAUGUGGAAGCACUGCGGCAGAUGUCUAGGGAAAUGCCAAUGGCUGAAAAUGAUAUGUUGGCAAUUCCUCAUGUUACUCGUGUAGUUUAUGAGAAAUAUGGCAAGCGAUUCCUUGAAGUUACCCAAAGAUAUGCUGCUGAGCGUUGUGUACUUGAUGCUGAAAAAGCAGACAAGGACAUGUUGUCUGCAUUUGUUGAGGAUAUAGACAGCUGGUCAGAUGCUGAACCUCCAUCUCCUAAGACUUCAACAAAAAGAGGGCAAAAAAGGAAAAAUUCUGCAGGAGGAGGUCGAACAAAAAAGAAAAAAAUGGUUUUUGCAAAGAAGAAAUGGCAGAAAGCAAAGAGCAAUAACAGCUCUGCAUUCAACAAAAAAAAAGUGGGAAAAGAGAAAAUGCAACAGCCAAAAACUGGACAUGUUUCGACACGAGCUCCUGGUUUCCUUCCAGUUCCAAAACCUAAUCCACGAUCUUUUUUGCCAGCUCCACGGUUUACAUUGAUGUAAUUCUUAUGCUGAUUAUUCAAUGGUUAAAAACUGAUAAUUUGUAUAAAUUAUAUAAUGACAUUUUUAACUUUAAAUUUAAUCAUUUUUGUAUAGAACUGCAUAUUCUACUGUGUAUAUAAUGUAUGUAUGUACAUAUCUUGCAGUUUUAUUUCAAAUCAUUUUUAGAUUUAAAAAGGAUGAAACUCAUAUCUAUUAUAUAUGUAAAUAAUGAAAUCUUGUGUAUAAAAUCCGUCAUAGCACACAAAUAAUAAAAGUGCUGGAACAACUUUAUAAAAAAUUAAAAACAUUUGAUAAAAAAUUAAGAAA